AUGCUACCGCAGAUUUUGUUCAGCAGCUAUCAGAGGUACAAAGAAGACACCAACGUCUUUACGACUUGGCUUUCUCAAUCCGCUCGAGCCUGCGGUUACUAUCUUUCCACAGCUGAGUCAUGUGAAGCCGCGACCCAGAAGCCGGCAAAUCCGGUAGCUUCGACGCCGCGUCUGAAAGGCAGAGCAAGGAAAUUGGCCAAAUUGGCUCAGGAUGAUCGUGGUUCAGAGACUGAUUUCCAUGUCAUCAAGCACAACGUGACCUCAAGAACGCUCCUUGAACAAGCGGAAACGGUAGCGAGAUCGCAAAAAAAGAUGCCAAAAGAGGUCUUGAGUGUCGUAAAGCGUUCAAUCAAUGCCCGCAAACGCUGCUCGAAAUGGUUUAGGCAGAGCGCCUCUGAUGAUCUUGACUCCAAUAGUAGCCACGAGCAAUUCAUUGAAGUCUUAGAAAAGGCGCUCAAGAUUCUCGAACCUUGUAUUGACACCCACACCGAGAAACGUGCUCAAAGCUCGGAGACACCGGGCUCAGCUCAACCCCCGAAUGCUGGCUUAUGUAAUCGAUUCGGCAUGCUCAACGUGGAGGAUGUUGACGAGACUUUCGAUGUCUCAGCCGCAAGCGUCAAUAUGACAGCGAAGUCACCGUCAAGCGCUCCAUCCAAAGAUCGCGAGGAAUACGAGUUCGAGGAGAAGCUGAGCUUUGCUCUUGCAUUCAUAGUCUUUUGCUUCUUCGAGGACCUUCAUGGAAUUGAGGAUCUGCUCAAAGAUAGUUGGCAACAAUACAAGGAGGGAAAGCUUGAUUUAGAGACCUGUGCAAUGACAACCAACCUUGCGUUGGACCUCGUUCGGCGAGCUGAAGAAGAUCUUUUGACAAAGAUUCCUGGUGAGCCCAUUGAAAAGGGCAGCUCAUACUUUGACAUGGUGAACCUACUUCUUUUCAAGAGACCCGUGCGUCCAGAACAAGGGCCUGCUCCACAGGAAGUGGCUAUUCCGCAGGAUAUGGUUGUUCCACCAGAAAAGAUCGUCCCGCAAGAAGAGAUCGCUCCGAAGGAAAGAUCUCACCGGGAAACGACUGAAGGAUUGCUUGAACAGCUGGGUUUGGACCCCUUGGAUCACUUUAUUUACCUACCAACUCUUCGGAUUCUUACAAAAUUCCAACAAUCGGCAGACUUAUCGAGCUUCUUCGUCCAAACAGUGCCCCUCAUUACCUACUCGCUUACUUCAGAACCAUGGUUGUAUGACUUGCCCCAUAUCAAAGAAUGGGAAGAUGAGGAUACAUUUCUGACGCAAUUCUUGAUGGACCAGGCCUUCGAAAAGUACAUACCAAAAGUGGAAAGUAUCUGCCAGGCUGAUGAAUACUGGAAGGUUCGAGAUGAGACAAUGAUCAACGGUUUCUCGAUUGCAUUCUGCCAGAUGAAAAAGGAAAAGAUACCAAGCGUUUGGAUUGUCUUCGCCGCUCGUAUUCUCCUCGAUAUCAGAGGCAUCCUUAAGACAGCAAUCGAUCAGACCUAUCAUAGCCAAGUCGAGUACGGGGACAGUGCAAUCAAACUUUUGAAAUCUUAUGAGGGCAAACUCAUGGCCUUAAGUGCGAGUCUUCGUCCCAAAGAGGACGAGAAUCAUUUCCGGGGUCUCUAUCGACUGCUUCAUUGCCGAGUCGUUCAAAACCCUAUACCAUGGAUGAAAACGAGGCUUGGAGAGAGUCCCGCAAAGGAGCUUCUCAAGCCAAUCAAAUUUCUAUCGCUCAAGAACAGCCCCUCGGGUCCCAGGAGCUUAUUCUCGAAAGAACUAAGACUAAUAGGAGGGAUUGGUGACAAAUUGACUGACGAGAAAAUAGACGAGGCAGACUGGGAAGAGGUUCGAAGUAUUAGGCCUGCUGCCAGUUCUGACUUUCUUCUAAAGCACAAUCCACUGGCCUGUGGAACUGUGAUGUUCAACGCCUCUCUCGAAAUGGAACAUGUAGGUAUCAUAAUUGCAAAUCAACACCAGUCUAUCUUCGCUAUUUCUCACUUAUAUAACGCUGUUCGACAGACUGGGCACUUAGAGGCGUCCUGGAAGGAACUAGAUCAUGUUAUAGAGCUCCAAAUCAAACAAUUGUUCCAGGGCCAAUUGCCAACGACACCGCAAGAUAUGUUCAGGCGUUGGGUGAUUAGAUUAGGCAUUCCAUCAUACCACUUUGCCCACGACGCAAAAUUACGGGCUCCGAACUGGAAAAGAAAAAACAAAAAGUAUUUUGGACCUGAGUUGUCCGAAACACGUAUGACAAAAACUCUUUUGGACUUCAUACACUCUCAAGAAGCGAAUGAGCAUGGCAUGCGCAAACUUCAGCUUUUGAUUCAGGAGAAGCAGACUGAAGCUGAGAAGCGAGGUGGCAAGAGGAAUGGCCAGAAACAGUUGACGCCAAUUGAAGUUCUUCAACAAGUCCGUGAAUGGCUACCACGGACUUUAGAGACCAUGAAAACAAGAUACAUUCAGCUAACACACAUAUGCAACGAUCUGCUGGAAAAGAUCUACUGCCGCAUCGAGGAAACUCUUGGAAUGCCACCCUUGAUGGACGGCAUGAAAGAUCACGUUGUUUCUAGGAAUAUGACGAUGGUCUUGGGGAUUCUUUCAGAGACGAUGCACUGCAGUGAAGGAACGAAGAAGGGUGAUAAGAAUCGUAGCCUUCAGCUCUCCAUCGGCGCAAGGGUUUUGCACGAUUUUCUGGAGCAAGCCACGACAUGA